AUGCAAUCCUCUUCCUCUUCUUCUUCGCCCUUAGAAUCUCAACAUGAACUCCAUCCAGGCUCCAGAAGUCCCGCUGACUCUAAUCAUCAAGAAGGCUCCAAGAAGGAGAACAAGAACCGACAGAACACCAAGCCACUCGAUCUCAAUUCAUAUUUUAAUGAUCUUGCCGAUAAAAGCUCUUCGAGGACCAAGACAUCCAAACCCCCCUUUUCCACCCUCCGCCCGGUCAGAUAA